GGGAGUUUUCAACGUUUAUCUGGACACUAAGCGAUUUAACUGAAUUCAAUCUAUUAAGAGAUGUCAUCUGAGAGGGGAAGCCUUUCUGAAGUUCAAAUUAAACUUGUGGUUAAACGUGCACAUCUUGAUCAAUCAUUGGAUUGGAAUUCAUUGGCUAGAGUACAACUAAACAAGUGUAAAUUUAAUUUUACUGCUGAAGUUCUACCACCAGGAACAUCUACUGUACCAGCUAUAAAUUCUAUUCCAUUCUAUGUAACUCCUAUUGUACGUGGUCCACGUCCUUAUUUCGAUCAAAUUGUCAGUUUCAAAGCUGAUGUUGAUAGUAUUAUAGAAUUUCGUCUUUCUGUACGUGAUAGUAAACGUGAUGAAGGUACUGAAGUUGGAUAUGGUCGAUUUACUGUUCGUAGUGUUGCAGCUACCAAUGGGAAUCAAUUGAGCAAUUUGGCAUUUUCACAACCAAUUAAAUCACUUCCGUGGUUGCAUAAUUCUACUAUUUCUUCAUCGAGUUCAUUAGGUAGUAUUGAUUUGUCAAUUUCUGUACCAAUACGUGAAUUAAGCAGUGCAUUAUUAGCUCAACAUUUGUCUAGAUCAAUAUCCAGAAUAACUGCUAAUUCUGUUAAUGGUCGUCAUACUUCUGGAUCACAAUCAGAAUCAACUUCAGGUAUUACAGUAAGAUCACCGUCUGCUGAUCGUACGAUGAAUAAUCACUUGGUAGACAGUGGUGGCGGGGUUGGACCAACUUUAAACCCAUCUGCUAAUCACAGUAAUAAUAAUAACACAGAGAAUGCCGAUGACUCCUCGUUGCCACCUGGUUGGGAAGUUAAAUAUACUUCAGAAGGACGAAUAUAUUAUGUGGAUCAUUUAACAAAAACAACAACAUGGUGUAAACCUACUCCACUUCCGCCUGGAUGGGAACGAAGAAGAGAUAAUGUUGGUCGAGUAUAUUAUAUCGAUCAUAAUACUCGAACUACCACAUGGCUUUGUCCAAAUCCAACACUUUUAAAUACAGUACAAAAUUAUCAACAAAUGACUGCUUCACGAAAUGGUAUUAUGCAACAACGAAUGAAUGAACGUUAUGCGAAUGCUGUUUGGAAUUUAGGUGAAUCAGAACCACUAGACGCUAGUUCACGAACAAAUACUACAACUGGUGGUGUAAUGGAUCCAUUAGGUCCUCUACCAGCUAACUGGGAACGACGUGUCGACAUAUCUGGCCGUUCGUAUUUUGUUAAUCAUGUUAGUCGAAUCUCUCAAUGGGAAGAUCCUCGUAUACAAGGUCAUCCAUUACCUCCUGGUUGGGAAAUUCGUUAUACAACUGAAGGAUUUCCAUUUUUUGUUGAUCAUAAUACUAAAACAUCGACAUUUAAUGAUCCCAGACGAAAAGAUGCAAGUGGGAACAUUGAACAAGCAUGGUCAUUUGAAAAUAAAGUCGCCAGUUUCCAUUAUCUUUGUCAUUCAAAUUUAGUGACAAAAAAUGUAAAAGUUGUUGUAUCCCGUAGUAAUCUUCUAGUGGAUUCAUUUGAACAAAUUAUGCGAUUGAAACCACAUGAAUUACGUUGUCGUUUGUUCAUUUCAUUUACUGGCGAAGAAGGUUUAGACUAUGGCGGGUUAUCACGGGAGUGGUUUUUCAAAUUAUCUACAGAAUUAUUAAAUCCAAUGUAUUGUUUAUUUGAAUACGCUGGUGGUAAUAAUUAUGCAUUACAAAUUAAUCCUGCAUCAUCGGUUAAUCCGGAACAUUUGGAAUAUUUUCGAUUUGUUGGACGAUUUAUCGCUUUAGCAUUAUAUCAUUCUAGAUUUAUUGAUAAUGGUUUCACUUUACCAUUUUAUAAACGUAUGUUAAAUAAAAAUAUCACUUUAGCUGAUAUUGAAACAGUUGAUGUGGAAUAUUAUAAUUCAUUGAAAUUUAUUCAAGAGAAUAAUAUCGAUGAAUGCGGAUUAGAUGUCUACUUUGCUAUGGAUUAUGAAGUGUUGGGUGAACUACGAACGCAUGAAUUGAAACCAGGCGGUAGAGAUACUCUAUUGACUGAUGCAAAUAAAGCUGAGUAUAUUGAUCUAAUGGUUAAUUGGAGAUUUUCUCGUGGAGUAGAAGAUCAAACAAAUGCAUUCCUUACUGGUUUCGAAGAUGUAUUUCCUCUUCAAUGGUUACAAUAUUUCGAUGAACGUGAAUUAGAAGUUAGUAAAUGUUCAUCUAUUUUGUUUUUCUUUAUUCAGAAAAAAACAACACUGUUGAGAUUCACAUGAAAACAAAUUUAGGACUGUCAAAUCAAAAAUUCUUAGAUUUGGUGUUUGAACACUGAUUGCUUAUUGAAUGCUAUCAAUCAAUGUUACCAUGUUACUCUAUUGAUCUAAUUGAAAUUCUAUAAAUCACAAUUUCUCAUCGUAACAUUCGGUCAGUCAGUUACAACAUAGGACCAGGCACAUAUAAGCAUUGGUCCAAGUUGCUAUGUUAUACCGCGUUAGCACAACAAGAUGAACACCGGAUCCGUAAAAGUAGUUAAUUUAGAUGUGGUAAUAUAUAGAAGAAAGAUUGCAAUAAGGAUAUAGUACAGGAAGAAAGAAUUAGUUCGUAGAAAGAAAGAUAUGUAGCGAUUUAGAUCUCCUAGUUUGAGGGAAGACAAAGAGUGUAUACACCGACUCGAUUGUGAUCGAUUCUGAGCCAUGUCACACAGAGUCUCCAACCAUUAGUUGCAAUUUCGGCCAUCUAUUCUCUGAAGAAGUGACUUACAUUAAGUCACGAAACGUCAGAAAAUCUAAUUUUCUACUCAUUGGGAUAUUACAAAUGUAUUAUUUAUCUAUUAGUUACGAUAGUCACAUGGACUCCAACCAAGUAGUCUGUAUCUACCAACAUGGCUCAGACUUGAAGUUAGUGACUUCAACCACUGAUUCCACGUUUUGGUUUGGCCGCCCCUAACUUUUUUCCAACCAUCAUCAACACUAGUCAGCAUUGCACAUCGUGGUAAUCGGUAGUUAGGUCUUCGUAAUACUUGACCCAACCAUCUCAGUCGAUGAAGAUUCACAACCUCAUCAAGUGAUUUACCAUCAUUCCCUAAUACCCUCAGUUUAACCUCACUAUUACUUACAUGGUGAUCCCAGAAGAUGUAAGCAAUAUUUCUAAGACGUCUGUGGUCAAAUACUAGUAUCUUACGUGUAUCUUCUACUCUUAAUGGCCAAGUUGCUCAGCCGUAAAGUAGGAAAGAACGAACUGCCACAUUACGCUUUAAUUGAUAUGAAAUCAGUUUGAUAUUUCUUUAGUUCAUCCUUGAAACCUAGUUUGUUUACUUCACUAUAUGACUGACAAGAUUGUGUUCCUUAAUACAACCAGAUUAACAUGAAAAUCACGUAAACAUUGAGCUUAUUUUAUUACUCUCAGUUGUUAUCUGCAUUCAUAGUCAACACAGAAUGUGAUAAGUCGCCAGACCACAUUAAUCUGACUGAAAAAUAAACUAAAAAUAUGGAUAGCAUAAGUGUCCACAAUAACAGUAAUAUCGGUGAUGAAUUAAAAAGACCAAAUAUUGGAGAAUGUGAUUAAAAAUGAAUGGUGAAUACGAAAAAGUAAAAAAGUACUUAGUAAUGUUAAAGUUUUUGUCCACCAAAGUUCUUGAUACCUAUAUGGUUGCGGCACAGGGCUGAGUUAUAUUGUCCAAGUCGUACUGUAAGAGAUUGUAUAGUCUCUGAUCCCCUUGAAAACCAAUGUAAAAUUACCCUCUUGCAGGGUAUUUACGUAAUUGUGCAUGUUAACGUUCCAAAUGUAGAGGAAGACAAAAAGUUAAUAGAUCUACGCUACUUUUACCGAUUCGAAGCCAUGUUACCCAACAUCUACAAUGAUUGAUCAUGAUUAUAACAUGAACCCCCUCCCCAAUCAGGUAGUCUGCAUCUAGAAGCACUGUUUAGACACAAUAUUCCGUGAUUUGGUGGACUAAUGUCACGUUCUGGUUUGGCCCUCCCUAUCUUUCCUCCAACAAAUUCCUCGUCCUGCUCCUAUUAUGCAUUAUGAUAGACGGUGUUCAAUCUUAAAUAAUACGCGUGUCUUAAAUAUCAGAGUUAGUACAGGUUAACAUCCUCAUGAAUUAAUUCGUCAUAUUUGCUCAGUACUCAUAACAUUGGUUGCUCAAUUGUGCGACAAUAUGUGAUCACUGCUUCACAAACUAAUUGAUCUCACAAGCCUCCACUAAACGAAUACCAACUGGAAAAUUCAUCUCAGCUGGUUUAAAGAAGACGAAUCAAGCAUAGACUGACAAAGAUUACACAUAAUAACUAUUGUAUUUAUAAGUCUACAUUAUCUUCACUAGUUCAAAUUGGUUGAUUUUACUCUUCCAACAAAGUAAUCACUCAGAAAAGAUAAUAAUUACUCAUAACAUCAUUGUAACCACUAGUGAUCUAUGUCAUCUAAUGUUUUCAUCCAUUGGUCAAAAUAAUCUCUCAGACUCCAUCCUACAUACGUCGAAUAAUCACUGACUUCAUAGACUAAUGCGAUGUCUUGAUUUGGUUAUCACUGGUUUUAUUCCAUCCAUGUUGGAGUGGUCCUAGACCGGACCAGUUAAACGUUCGAACCUGCACAGCUAACCUUGAGUUCGAAGAGCAAUUAGCGGCUAGCUUUAACUAUCUCAAACACUCACGAGUUUUCAAACCUCACAUCAUAGUAAAAUAAGAAACCAUACUUUGAACACAGUCACGAAAUAAGUGGCAAAGGGUGAAACAAUCGGUCCUCAAUUAAUUAACAAUAAUUAAGGAAUAGUUAGACGCACAACAACAGUUAAUAAGUCCAUUCAAAGCUUGAAGCCAGGAGGAUACAUGAAAUCAUACAGUUACUUUUUAAUUACACACAGUUUAAAUGAUAAUAAUCCGAAAGAUAACACCAAAAGUUCCAAGUUUCCAGUACUCGUCCCUUGAUAGCAGAUCGGCACACAUAACGUUUGUUCUAACCCUUUGAGUCAAUAUGGAUUCAUUACCUCGUCAAUCAACUUACCAUGAAGUAAUACAUUGUAGAUUGGUACACAGUGAACGUAUCUUCUAGUUGAUAGACAGACAGACGUCUCACAUAUGUUUUAAGUGACCUGAGUUGGUAGAAGUAGACCGAGAUUUUAUCAGACGCCAACUGAACAAGGCUGUUGUAUGUAAAGGUAGGAAAAUGCAUCUAAAUCAUACUUACAUUGUUUUAUUACAUGUCAUAACCUACACAGGAUAAAACUUCCUUAUUUUUCAUAAACUAAGAACACUCGUUGAUAUGAUAGAAUAAGCUAAAAUGAAUCAUAAGUUAACAGUCUCAGUUGUUGUGUAUAUACUGAUUUAACUGAUCAGUAAUACUUUAGUCCUCUUUUAAAAUUUGUCUAAUUAGCGAAGUUUUAAGUAUCAGUCAUAUGAUCGAAUUAUCAAUUGCUGUUGUUAUUCCCCUUUAGUUCAUAUUUCC